AUGUCUUUACUGGAGGAUAUAUUUUUACAAGAUGAGGCGGAUGAAGCUCAAGAGCUGGAAAGAGUGAUAGAAGGCGACGAGUACGAUGAAAGACCUCGUUCACGCUCAGUUUCACCAACUAGCGAUGACAAUGAACCAAAAGAAGAUGAAGCAGAGGAGGACAAAAGGCGAGUGGAUCCCACUUCAACUAAAGCUAAACGAGUAACAAAGAAUCCAAGGUUCUUAUUGAACCCGGCGCGGCUGACAGGACCUAGAGGCAUACAGAUCAUACCAGAACAUUUCAAAGAUUUCAAGUUUAAGGGCAAAGGACACGAAAAAGAAGAUCUAGAUUUGGUGUUAAAGAAAUUGGAACAUUGGGCGUAUAGAUUGUACCCAAAGUUUCAGUUUGAAGACUGUUUAAAAAAGAUCGAGACUCUCGGCAAAAAGAAGCCAGUUAUGGUUCACCUACACAAAAUUCGCACAGACCAGUUCUUAUCUGAAGAGACAGUGGUUCAAAAGGACUCCAGUGACGAGGAAACACAGCCACCUCAGGAAGAGGAUGAGUUUGACAAGCUGUUGCAGCAACAAAUCGACCUGGCUAGAGCUACACCUGCUCCAGGCUCUGUGAAGAAGACCAUGCCUACUCCUGCUACUCCUUUGCAAGACAGAUCACCAUUCACAAUGCCGAAAGCAACCUCAUCGCCAUCUAUAAGCGACGAACAAAAAGAAAGAAUGAUUAGAAACAGAAAACUAGCUGAAGAGAGGCGCUUAGCGCGAUUAAAACAAAAUUCUACAGAAAUUACAAAAGAAACCACUGCCCACAAUAUUAGUAGAAUUAUUGAAGUAGAUGAAGAACCAGAAAAUAAUCAUGUAACAAAGAAAAAUAGAUCAAAUGUCAUAGAUAGUUCGGAUGACGAUUGUGACGUCACUAAUGUUCAAGAAGCUGUUAUGGUAGAUGUGCAUGGACUUAGUAAUGCUGCAAGUAAAGAUUUAGAUGAAGAUCUUGGUAAAGAGACUGAUAGAAACUAUGAUAUGGAACAUAGCGAAGCAAAUAAUGAUGUAAUUGUAAUCAAUGAUGGUAGGGAACCAAGUAAUGUCGUAAGAAGUCAUAAUACUGACGAUUUAGUUGAAGAAAUUAUUGAUGAUAAUAGUUCAGUACCAGAAACAGAAAUAAUCGUUAUACAAGACGCUGUUACAGGUAGUAAUCCUAAGCCAAUUGUAAAUACAGAAGAAAUAAUCGAAAUUAAAGACCAGACUGAAACUGUAAACCAAGUUAAUGAUAAAAGCAAAGAGAUAGUUGUUAUAGAUGACGAAAAUAGUACAAAUAUUACUGAAAAUGUACAAAAUGUUGAUGAUGUUAUUGAAAUUAAUGGUGCUGAAGAGAAUGUAGGAAAUAAUACUCCAGUUACAAUACAAAAUGAAGAUAUUACACCAGAUGUUGAAGAUAAUAGCAAUAAAAGUGUUGAAAGACAAAGUAUAGGGGAUAAUUUUGAACAAAAUGUACGCGAAGAUUUACCAUCACAAAAUAUAGUGCAGGAAAUACAGAAUUUAGAUAAGGAUACAAAAAUAGCUGAGGAAGUGUUAGAUGAUAUGAUGGAUGUAGAUUUUAGCGAGGAUUUCUGA